CAAAAAAAGGACUUUGUUUUGAAGUCUAAGCUGGUGUUUUUUUUUUUCUUUCUCUUUUGCUGAUGUGGAGAAAAAAUGGCGCUGAUUAAUGUUUAAAAGCUGUGAGGUAACUGUGUUUCUUUGUGGAGUGAAUAUGAGUCACAAGCUACUGAGAGAUAACGAGUGCAAAUAAGCCGCUUCGCUUCAAUUAAAAGAUUGCCGUCCCUUGAUCUUCAUCAGGACCCUCUGUAAAAUUGGUUUGGAAUCCUAGUUUGGAAAUUUUUUUAGGUUUUUUCAAAAUGACUCAACAACUUUCAGAAACGCAGCAACUUGCUGCAGCUUUAAAUAAAAUUGGGGAAAAAAUAGCAGGACUAUCAGAGCGUGUGGAUAAUAUGACAUUGGAACUGACAUCUGAAAUGAAAAAGAUGAAAACAGAGAUGAAUGAAAAUUUUGCAAAGCAAAGAGAGGAAAUGACAAUUAUUAAAGAUGAAAUGGAGCAGAUCCAUGUACAUGAGAGGGGCCAUUUUAGCCGGAUCCAGCAUGGCUUACAAAGCAUUUCAGCAGGGCCUGUGAGAACUUACGCCGAUCAAGUUGAUGUGGACGUGACCGUCAUCGGCUCUGGUCCAGGAGGCUAUGUUGCUGCCAUCAAAGCCGCCCAACUUGGCUUUAAGACUGCCUGCGUGGAGAAAAAUGAAACCCUCGGUGGGACAUGUUUGAAUGUUGGAUGCAUCCCGUCUAAGGCCUUGUUAAACAAUUCACACCUGUACCAUUUGGCCCAUGGCAAAGACUUUGCUAGCAGGGGGAUUGAAAUUUCAGGUCUCCGGUUGAAUUUAGAGAAAAUGAUGGAACAGAAGAGCGGAGCAGUGAAGGCUUUAACAGGAGGAAUCGCUCACUUGUUUAAACAAAAUAAGGUAACACAUGUGCCUGGCUUUGGAAAAAUAACUGGCAAAAACCAGGUCACCGCAACCAAAGAUGAUGGCAGCACUCAGGUUAUCAAUACGAAGAACAUCCUAAUAGCUACAGGUUCCGAAGUAACACCUUUCCAAGGAAUUACGAUCGAUGAAGAGACCGUCGUCUCGUCCACUGGCGCGCUGUCUUUGAAACAAGUCCCUGAAAAAAUGGUGGUUAUCGGUGCAGGAGUGAUUGGUGUAGAACUGGGUUCAGUUUGGCAGCGUCUGGGUGCAGAUGUGACAGCGGUGGAAUUCUUGGGCCACGUUGGUGGAUUGGGCAUCGAUAUGGAGAUAUCCAAGAACUUCCAACGCAUUCUCCAGAAGCAAGGACUUAAAUUUAAACUCAACACGAAAGUAACCGGCGCCACCAAGAAACCGGAUGGAAAGAUUGAUGUUGCGAUUGAAGCCGCAGCCGGUGGCAAAGCAGAAGUGAUCACUUGUGAUGUCCUUCUGGUCUGUAUUGGUCGGCGUCCUUUCACCAACAAUCUUGGUCUGGAACAGGUGGGAAUUGAACUAGAUAACCGUGGAAGAAUCCCAAUCAACAACAGGUUCCAAACCAAAGUUCCGAACAUUUAUGCAAUUGGGGACGUCGUGGCUGGCCCCAUGCUUGCUCACAAAGCCGAAGACGAAGGGAUUCUGUGCGUCGAGGGAAUGGCCGGGGGCGCGGUUCACAUCGACUACAACUGUGUGCCGUCCGUCAUUUACACACACCCGGAAGUCGCCUGGGUUGGCAAGUCGGAAGAGCAGCUGAAAGAAGAGGGAACAGAAUACAAGAUCGGUAAAUUCCCCUUUGCGGCUAACAGCAGAGCCAAGACCAAUGCUGACACAGACGGGCUGGUGAAGAUCUUAAGUCACAAAACAACAGACCGGAUGCUGGGAGCACAUAUUCUAGGCGCCGGUGCCGGUGAAAUGGUUAACGAAGCCGCUCUGGCAAUGGAAUAUGGUGCAUCAUGUGAGGACGUAGCCAGAGUUUGCCACGCCCAUCCAACCGUAUCUGAAGCUUUCAGAGAAGCUAACCUAGCGGCUUCCUUCGGCAAAGCGAUCAACUUUUAAAGCAAAGGAACAUCUGUAGUGGUGUGAAAAGCACAUUUCCCCCCCACCUGUGAAACCCGACCGAAGGCUUGAUGGAAAACCGAGUCUUUGCAAUAUUCCCAGGCCUUAAUUAAGUGAACUUUUGUUCCAAAAAACAAAACAAAAAAAAGCUAAAAUAUUUAAACAAAUAGGGGUUUGGAUUUUAUUAACCAACAGCUGUAUAUUAUAUUACGUGAUCAAUACUAUAUUUGCAUUAUUGAUGGUUCAUUUCUUAAGUUUCACAGAAGAAAAACAGCAGCGGUAUCAAGCUAAUGAUUGGGGCGAUCUUAAAGGUCCCGUUAUGCAUUUUGUUCAAAUAUAGUGUCUAAUAUUAUA